AUGCCUAGGGGAAGUACCUCCGAUGAACCCCUGGAUGGGCCUGAUGUCACCGCUGCCUUUUCGAAGGCUAUUGCUCAUACGCUCGCUGCAUCGGAUUCGGUCGACUCGCUUGGCUCGUUGGAGGAUGAGAUGAAUGGUGUAGAAUUGCGGAGGCUUUCAUAUAAUACGGAGAAAGAUGAGAACGAGAAGGGUCUACCCUGGCUCAAGAUACCAGACCUGCCCAAACGUGUUACCCGAGAUGUUGAUGGUGUGGCAAAGGAAGAGCAGAAGAAGGUCGCUAAAGGGGAGUAUGGGUCGUCCAAGAUGGUAAGAGGCAUAUUCCAUGGUGGACACACUGAAGGGCAUCGGGAUAAUCUCCGGGCUAAAUUGGUUGCCAUUCGUGAUGCCCUACGUGUUACACUCAUAGCCACUCCUUGCUAUCAGGUCCACUGGAUACGUUAUGCUGGCCGAUGGGCUCCUCGCGUGAUGCAUAGUAGGGAGGUCGAAAUGAUGGAGAUGCUCGCGGAAGGUGUAGGGGACCAGAAGGACUACGGGUACGCCUUGGAGGUUGCUUGCCGGGAAGGCCAUCGCGACGGCAUCAUCUUCUUCCUGAGCACGCCUGGUAUGGCCGACUUACUGCGACCGUUCAUGGUCAAGUGCACAGUGUGCGCGGCUGAGGCAUCCAAUGACAACUGCUUCGGUCUCAUGCUGGACCAGCUCACUUCGUCGGAGCUUUCCGAGUUGGCUGAGUCCCAUCCUAACCUGUACCGCUCUACUGAGCGUCGACGAAGUUCAGUACCGAUAGCGAGGCGGAGGAGGCGGAGCUCCUUGGCGAUCACCCAAGGUGGAGGCCGCGGAUCGGAGCACAGCAAGCUGCUGAGAUUGGCACGACGGAAAGCUGGGAACGUCGUUCGAGCGUGGCGACUUUAUUUUCACCCGCGGAGUUCCAAAGGGAAACUCGAUUUUGAUACUUUUGUGGUGGCCUGCAAAGAGGCGAACGUCAUUGGAGACUAUGCUAGGGCGUUUCUCGAAGCCCAGGGGAUAGAGCCUCCUCGAGAACAGGCGUACCUCCAUCCGAACGGCUGCGUUACUUUUUAUGACCUGUUCGACCACAACCUAGAGGGAACGACGUUGCGCCCCAGCGAGAUCUUGAUGGCAUUCCGUAGUGCCUUGAACAACGCUGUACGGAAUUUGGGCCGAGUGAAGGGAUCGAACCCGGCAGAAAGGUGGACAGCACUGUUCGAGACAGCGAGCCAUGGCAGGAGGAUACCGAGGGACCACUUCACGCAGGUUUGCGAGAAACGACGGCUGAUGCCGCCCGAGACGGAUCUGAACACGCUCUUUGACUGGCUCGAUGUCGAUCGCGACGAUCACUUGCUUGAGUCAGACUUCGAGUAA